AUGAGAUCCCUUGCGUCUACUCGGGCCCUCCGCACCUCUACUUCACCAUCAAACGCCCCCAAUCUGCCCCUGUCCGGCAUCCUCGUCGUCUCCCUAGAACAAGCCAUCGCAGCCCCCUUCUGCACCCGCCAACUCGCAGACUUCGGAGCCCGCGUCAUCAAGAUUGAACGCCCCGUUUCGGGAGAUUUUAACCGCCACCACGAUGACCGCGUCAGAGGACUCUGCAGCCAUUUCGUCUGGACGAACCGGAGUAAAGAAUCUCUUGCCCUGGACCUGAAGAAUGAACGGGAUCUAGAGGCCCUGAAGACGAUUGUGCGGAAGGCCGAUGUAUUGGUCCAGAACCUCGCGCCCGGGUCGACGGAGAGGAUAGGAUUAGGGCAUGAGAGAUUGAGGGAAAUGAACGAGAGACUCAUCGUCUGUGAGAUCUCCGGCUAUGGAUCGAGUGGUCCCUACAAGAAGAAGAAAGCCUACGAUCUCCUCAUUCAAGCUGAGUCGGGAUUUCUCUCCAUCACGGGCUCUUCUCCGAACCUGCCUGCAAAGUCGGGAAUUUCUAUCGCGGACAUAGCAGCGGGCACGACGGCUUUUAACAACAUCCUCGCAGCUAUCAUCCAGAGAGGCAAGACGGGCAAAGGGUGUAGGCUGGAUGUGUCCAUGUUGGAGAGUAUGGCGGAAUGGAUGUCAUUCCCCAUGUAUUAUGCUUUUGAAGGACAAGACGCGCCGAAGAUAAGUGGGGCGGAACAUGCUAGUAUCUAUCCGUAUGGACCGUUUGAGUGUAAGGAUGGGCAGGUCAUGUUGGGGAUGCAGAAUGAGAGGGAGUGGAAGUCUUUUGUGACAGAAGUAUUGAAGAGGGAGGAGUUGUUGGAGGAUGAGAGGUUUCGGAGUACGUCGCUCAGGUCGCAGAAUCGUAAGGAAUUGAGAGGGAUUAUUGAGGGGGUUUUUGAUGCUUUCUCUGCAGAUGAGGUGAUUGCGAAGUUGGAAAGCGCCGGGAUCGCUAAUGCGAGGGUGAGGGAUAUGGCUGGGCUUUGGGCGCAUCCGCAGCUGCAGGCGAGGGAUCGUUGGACGGAGGUGGAGACGGAGAAUGGAAUGAUACCGGCGCUGAAGCCAGCCGGUGCAGCGGAGGGGAUGGAGGUGAGGACAGAUGCGAUACCGAGUGUGGGAGAGCAUAGCGAGGCGAUAUUGCGGGAGUUUGGGAUCGAGCGCUAG